UUAUACCUCCAUACUCUGGGGUCCGCCUUAUCCUUAAAUGAAAGAAUAUUACAUUUGGCGACGAGGAUAACGGGUGAGCUCGGCAGCCGCUGGGAAGUGGACGAAUAGGGUGAAGUGUCAGCAACGCUGGAUCUUAGCUGGAGUAGCACCUAGAAGAAGCUAACGGAUGCGGCGAAAUGGCUACUUCAAUGGUAGGAACACUUACUGCUUUCGACGGUCAGACUCAGGCUUGGGAAGAAUACUGCGAAAUGUUGGACCAUUUCUUUGAAGCUAAUGGCAUUGCUGAUGAAGCACGUAAGAGGGCUAUAUUAUUGAGUUCGGUCGGCGGCAAGACGUACAGUUUAAUGAGGAACUUGCUGAGCCCAGACAAGCCGGGUGCUAAAUCAUAUAAGGACUUAAUGGACCUGCUUCAGUCACACUACAACCUAAAGCCCAGCGAAAUAGUCCAGAGAUUCAAAUUUAAUUCUCGGAUUAGGGCAGCGACGGAGACGGUGUCGGAGUAUGUGGCGGUGUUAAGGGAACUAGCACAGCACUGCAAUUAUGGAGAAAAGUUAAAAGAAAUGCUGUGCGACAGGUUGGUGUGCGGUAUCGCAGACGACCACAUACAAAGACGGCUGUUGGCGGAGCCAGAGCUAACUUUCGACAAAGCUUUGGCAGUCGCGCAAGCCAUGGAAACGGCAAACAGAGAUGUUCAUGACCUGCAAUUGCAAUCGAUGGCACUGGCCGGUACUAUAGGUAAAGAUACUUCUCCGCUGUCGGUGCAUAAGGUAAAUAUGGGGCAAGGCAAAGCGGCCUCAGUGGUUUGUUAUAGGUGUGGUGGUGACCACUGGGCACGAAACUGUCGGGGCAUAAAUGACAAAUGUUAUGGUUGUGGAAAAAAAGGUCAUGUGAAGAAGAUGUGCAAGUCCUCAGCUCCCAUAGGCAAGCAGCAAUUUAUGGGGGGAGGGAGGCAUAAGAAUGUAGAUAGUGAGAGUAGGAAGGAAAAAAGGCAGUCAACACAUCACAUGAGCGAAUCACCUGAUACGCAAGCCAGCAAUGAUGAAGUGUUUACUAUGCAUAAUCUGGAAGAUUCGGAAAUAACAAAAGUGGACCCCAUCACCACACAACUAGAGAUAAAUGGGAAAAUAGUGGAUUUUGAAGUGGAUACAGGAUGUGGUGUGACAAUUAUGACAAAGUCAGAGUGUGGCAAACUGUGGACAACAGGAAAUGCACAGGAGCUGCAAGAUUGUUCUUGGACAUUGAAAACAUAAACAGGCGAAAGAGUAACUAUACUAGGCAGGGCAGUUGUUACAGUAAAGUACAAGGACAUAGUUAAGCAGUUAUGCAUAGUAGUGGUAGCAGGAAAGGGGCCAAACCUGUUAGGCAGAGGAUGGUUAAAGGAUUUGGGUUGGAACAGUGUACAGGUACA